GCUCGCGAGCGGAGCGCGCUGCAGUGACCGCUGGGAAGUACGACCCGCGUGCAGCAGCGCGAGGGACGCGUCCGAGCAGCCGGUGAUGGACGCGGAGCCACGCGCUGGAGUGAUGGCCGACGACGCGGCAGCUUGGAACAAAUGACCGAGGAUUACGUGUGCAGGAGAUGCCAGCAGCUGCGCGUCAAACUGAUUCGAUUACACUUGAGUACUAAAAGAUGUUGCGGACCCUCGUACCUUCAGUGGGUCUUUAAAGUGGUUCCAAGGCAAUCGCAAUUAACGACUUUCCUGCGGGGAAGUCUUGGUAGGAGCGAGUGAGCGGGGGCCGUCAUGUGGCCCCCCGACCUCGGGCCUCCGGACGCGCCGCUGACGCUGCCGGGCUUUGGGAGCGUGUUGGAGGAUGCCGAGGACCCUCAGGCCGCGCUGUCCCGCGGAGGCUUCCUCCAGCCGUCCGUCCCUCCUGGAGGCCUGUGCUGCGUUCCCAGGGCCUCGCUGUCCCAGUUCUCCCUGGGCUGCGACCUGACCUCCCUGCUCGGCUGUAAAACGGCGGCGUCCCAGAGGGACCGGGCCGCGGAGGACUUCGCCACCACGGCUCGCACGGACUCCAAGGACAGCACCCGCAUGCUGGGCUGCUGCCCCCAGCCCUCGCUGCCUGUCUCCUACAUGCUGGCCAGCUCCGCCACCCCUCCGCCGUUCGGCUCUGCAAACUCCAAAACGCCUCAGCAGCUGCAGGAGGUUCGGGACGAGUUCCGCACGAUAAAGCAGGAGCCCGCUGACGAUUUCCUGCCGUGUAAGAGGGAACCGUUCCAAAUGAACCGGCGCGCCGAGCCGUACCAUCUGGCUCCGCCUCUCCAGGGCUUCGAGGGUCAGGACGGCGCCCCGUCCCCCCUGCACUCCCCGGGCCCGGGCGGCCCCGCGGGCCGGGACCCGGAGCAGCCCUGCCACUGGAUCGACUGCAGCGCCGCCUACAGCAGCCAGGAGGAGCUGGUGAGGCACAUCGAGAAGGUGCACAUCGACCAGCGCAAAGGGGAGGAGUUUGCGUGUUUCUGGGCCGGCUGCGUGCGUCGCCACAAGCCCUUCAACGCCCGCUACAAGCUGCUCAUCCACAUGAGGGUGCACUCCGGAGAGAAGCCCAACAAGUGCAUGUUUGAGGGCUGCUCCAAAGCCUUUUCCCGCCUGGAGAACCUGAAGAUCCACCUGCGGAGCCACACGGGGGAGAAGCCCUACAUCUGCCAGCACCCCGGCUGCCUCAAGGCCUUCAGCAACUCCAGCGACCGCGCCAAGCACCAGCGCACGCACCUGGACACGAAGCCGUACGCCUGUCAGAUCCCAGGAUGCACCAAGCGCUACACCGACCCCAGCUCCCUGCGGAAACACGUCAAGGCCCAUUCAGCCAAGGGUCUCCAGGAGCGCGAGGGCAAGGUCCAGGUCCGCACCGUGCUGGAGUCGGACAUCCUGAGCGACUGCCUGGCGAGGCAGCACCUCCACGGCUCCGCCUCCUCCCACCACGACGGCGGCUCGCCCCUACCGGCCUUAGACGACUUCACGGGGGUUUACUCCAGCAGCGCUCACGGCGGAGGGAAUCCCGAGUUCCUCCCUCCGUCUGCAGACACCUGCUCCAGGUACCCCGGCCUGGAGGCCGGCUUCGACGAGAACGCCCAGCGGAGCUUGAGAGAAAGGAGCAGAGCGGCGGCCCUGUUCGUGUCUCCGGACGUCAACCCGUCCAGCUCGUCCUCGGACCGGGUGGACGUCCGGCUGCAGGGCUACCAGAAAGCUUACAGCCAGCAGCAGCAGCAGGUCUUCUCCCAGCAGCAAGGCUGCCUGUAUGCUGAAGGAAAGGCGGUGCAAGCAGCCGCCGACGAGGGCUUCGAGCCCGCCGGGUACUUUCCCAAUCCUCCAGCCGCUCACUGCACAGGGUUCGAUUUGCUGCAGGACCUGCAGGGUCAAGCGGGGGGCGGGUUCUCCCUGUCCCCCUGCCAGCAGGACGACAGCUUCCUCUUCCAGGCGGGAGGCGUGGACCGCUGCCUCAGCCAGAUCUACUCCAUCUAUCUGGACUCGUGAUGCAGCGGCGAGCCUCAUCAGUCAGACGCUGCGCUGGGAUAUGAAAAUACACAUUAGGCCAAAGUCAAAGAAGCAUGAAUAGUGAAAGGGAUGUAAAUAGCAGUGAUCUUUUUCUUCAGAGGCGACCGCAGCGCUGAGCUUCUCCCAUCUCUGGUUUCACUGUGGUUCGUCUGACGAUCUUUAAUGCAAUCAACACAACCCGAGGUCAGGAAAUCAGUACAGGGAGCGAGGGAAAUCAUGAAGUCAGAGGAACAAAGCAUCGCCAAUUUCACCCGAUUGCUUUCGUUCUGAUUUUCACCACCAUCAGUGAAGAUAUGAGGAAAUAACAUGAAGUGGCAGGAGGUUUGGAUGCAGCUUCUUCUACAGCUGGAGUUUCUCUGGAAUCGAGACUUUCAGUCCUGAUCGCUUUAAGAGAUGCACUUUUGAUGCAUGAAUUCGAAGAGAAGAUACAAUUUUCAUGCAACAGUUAGCGUAGCAUAAAAUGAAUGAAGUGUGUGUGUGUGUGUGUGUGUGUGUGUGUGUGUGUGUGUGUGUGUGCGCCUUGUGGAAAAACUCGUGUUUCAGUCAUUUUCGAAGAUGUUUGAAUUGGCUUGCAGCUUUUGUGCUGAUCUCAGCUAAAAUCAACGACAAAGAUAACAUCAGUGUUCUCAUAAAACCUUCAGCAGGCGAGACAAAUAAGUGUGUUUCUGAAAGCGAUGGCCUCGUAUUUAUUUAAAGUCACAGUGUGCCUGUCACCAGCCCAGAUGCCUUCUGCAUGACUGCAGCACUUCAAGCAUCGUCUCGCUGUUACUGGAGGAAAACUGAGAGACUGCACAGAGAUUUAUUGUAAACUAUGGUACAGAGUUUUAAGUGUGGAUGGGAUACAACCGGAAAAUGCACUAAAAGUGUUUAGUUACUCUCCAAUCUGUUUUUAAAUUCUUUGUGAUUCAGCGCCUUGUAUUUUCUUGUUUGUUGUACAGUUUCCAUCAGUGUUGUGUAGUCAGUGAGAGGAAAACGUGCAUCGUUUACAGAAAACUUCUCUGCACUGCUUCCUGUCUCGUCUCCGGGACGGCUGAGAAAAUGACCAACCAGAACAUGUUUACACUGAUUUUGUAGCAUUUAAAUGAAAUCAUAUUGAACAGUGUAUAGAACAGUCUGUAUAAAAAUACG